CAUAUGUAUAUGCAUAUAGUGUAACGCAGACCAACUAUAUUUGUUUAGUCAAAGUGUUAAUUAUCCUACAUCGCUGCAGAAAACGUCAAGUCCGGCAAGGAAAACGAAAAGAAAAGUGUUUGGUGGUAAUCGAAUUUUAAUCGAUCAACAAUAAAGCCAAAAAACAAAUAACAAAUAACACAAAGAGCAACAAAAAUGUCAAGCAAGUGCAAUAUGCCGUUUAGGGCAUUAGACAAAUUAAUUGGACUUUUGGCAAUCUAUGCAAUAAUUUUGCAAUUAUCGCCUGCAAUUCAGGCCGUGCGUAUCGGCGGAUCACAGCAACCGAAACAACGGAUAAAAGACAAUCAACGGGACCAAACGCCGGCGGGCUCCUACUGGCAACAGCAUGUGGCCACACCCAGCAGCUCGACACCCUUCGAUUCGCCCUUCUAUUCGGCCACCCAUGGCCUCGUCCAGACGCACCCCUCUCUAACGGCGGGCAUACCACGGCCAGUGCCCCUCAAUAGCAACAGCCUGGGCAGUGGAGCCCCCGCCGGUGGGGCGAAGCCAUCAUUGACCGCUGGCAGUGGCUAUCUGAACUCACGUGGCACUCUACCCAGCUCGGCCCGCUAUCCAGCCAAUAAGGCAACAGGCACCGUGGUCGAACCCAAUCCGAAGUCGCCGUUCCGUCACCUUGACUUCUCAACGAGUGCCACUGCCGAAUUGCGCCGCAAUCCCGCUCUAUCGGCUCCCGAUGAGUGUGCGCGCGCCUGCCGAGAGGGCGAGCCUCCAAGAAUCUGUUAUUAUCACUUCACCCUGGAAUACUACACAGUACUGGGAGCGGCCUGUCAGGUGUGCACACCGAAUGCCACCAAUACGGUUUGGAGUCAUUGUCAAUGUGUUUUGGCCGAUGGUGUUGAGCGUGGAAUUCUCACGGCUAAUCGGAUGAUACCGGGUCCCAGUAUUCAGGUCUGCGAGAACGAUAAGGUUGUCAUCGAUGUGGAGAACCAUAUGGAGGGCAUGGAGGUAACCAUCCAUUGGCAUGGUAUUUGGCAACGCGGCUCCCAAUACUACGAUGGUGUGCCAUUCGUCACCCAGUGCCCCAUUCAGCAGGGCAAUACGUUCCGUUAUCAGUGGACAGGAAAUGCUGGUACUCAUUUCUGGCACGCCCACACAGGUCUGCAGAAACUUGAUGGAUUGUAUGGCAGUGUUGUUGUCCGUCAGCCUCCAUCGCGGGAUCCCAAUUCGCAUCUAUAUGACUUUGAUUUGACCACUCACAUUAUGCUGAUUAGCGAUUGGUUGCAUGAAGAUGCCGCCGAGCGUUAUCCUGGUCGUCUGGCUGUCAACACCGGCCAGGAUCCCGAAUCUAUGCUGAUCAAUGGCAAGGGACAGUUCCGUGAUCCCAACACUGGCUUCAUGACCAAUACUCCAUUGGAAAUAUUCACAAUUACUCCUGGUCGUCGCUACAGAUUCCGCAUGAUAAAUGCUUUUGCAUCCGUUUGCCCCGCUCAGGUCACGAUCGAGGGACAUGGCAUGACAGUGAUUGCCACUGAUGGAGAACCCGUGCAUCCGGUUGAUGUCAACACAAUCAUCUCAUUCUCAGGUGAACGUUACGAUUUCGUUAUCACCGCCGAUCAGCCUGUGGGUGCCUAUUGGAUUCAACUGCGUGGUCUGGGUGAAUGUGGCAUCCGUCGUGCCCAGCAAUUGGCCAUUCUACGUUACGCUCGUGGUCCCUAUCAGCCGGCAUCGCAGCCGCCCACCUACGAUGUGGGUAUUCCGCAGGGUGUGGUCAUGAACCCCUUGGACGCCCAAUGCAACCGUGAUAGAAACGAUGCCAUUUGUGUUAGUCAAUUGAAAAAUGCUCAAGAAAUUGAUCGCGGUAUUUUGGCCGAGAAACCCGAUGUGAAGAUAUUCCUGCCAUUCCGUUUCUUUGUCUACCGUGCCGAGGAUCUCUUCCAGCCCAAUACAUAUAAUCGAUUCUUGGUUGCACCCACGGGAGAUCAUGUUAUCUCGCUUAUCGAUGAGAUUUCCUAUCUAUCGGCGCCAGCACCACUUACAUCACAAUAUAAUGAAAUCAAUCCCGAACAAUUCUGCAAUGGUGACAAUCGGCCAGCUGACUGUGGACCCAAUUGCAUGUGCACUCACAAAAUCGAUAUACCCCUCAAUGCCAUUGUAGAGGUUGUGUUGGUCGAUGAAGUACAACAACCAAAUCUCUCGCAUCCCUUCCAUUUGCACGGCUAUGGAUUCAGUGUGAUUGGUAUUGGACGGUCACCGGACUCCACGGUUAAGAAGAUCAAUCUGAAGCAUGCUCUGGAUUUGGAUAGACGUGGUCUGCUCCAUCGACAGUAUAAUUUGCCACCAACUAAGGACACAAUUGCAGUGCCAAAUAAUGGUUAUGUUGUGCUACGUUUCAGAGCCGAUAAUCCUGGUUUCUGGCUCUUCCAUUGUCAUUUCCUAUUCCAUAUUGUCAUUGGUAUGAAUUUGAUUUUACAGGUUGGCACAAAUGCCGAUCUGCCACCAGUGCCGCCUGGUUUCCCCACGUGCGGUGAUCACACUCCGCCCAUACCCAUUAAUUAGGAGAAUUGGUAGAUGAAAAGAAUGAAUACAAAAACUGAACAUAAAUAGAAAUUGAUGCGAACAAGACCUCUACCUACUGAUUGAACAGUUUUGUACAAAGUUUAAGACACUCACACCUACACACACACACACGCAGCACAAUAAGUAUGUAUGUAUGUAUUUCUAUUUGUAUAUACCGCAUGAUGACGCACAGAGUCCUAGAAAACAAACAAACAAAAAAGAAAGAAGAACGACAAACAAAAAACACUGCCAAUGCCUAACUGUAAAAAUAAUACUCACAGUCUUUUGUAAGUCUUAACCCUACUUCCUGUCCCCCCACAACCCACAAAAUACACCGACUUCCAAUAGUUAAAUGCAAACCCCUCAGAACGGAUGAAAUCGAAAGGAUUGAACCUAUAUAUAUAUACACACCUAUCUAUAUCUAUUUUAUAU